CACAACGGUCGUGACUGUCCAAUAUUACGUUCCUCUCAAUGCGUUAGCGAACAGUGUCUCAAUACUCGCUUGAUACACUCGACAUACAUCUCGAAAACAGGAAAGGCAAUGGCGAAUCAGGAAGCAGCAGUGACAUCAACAAUAACAUCGACAGGAAAGGACACAUUUGUCGUGCCUGUGAAGUGCAUUAAGGAUGAAGCUCGGGACCUGCCAUUCUUCCAGAAGUCUGAGGCAUACGCGCGUCUCAUGUCUUACAUUCUGGCCCUCAACACUGCGGUCCUGAACCGCAAAGUGUCUGAUGCAGUACCGGAAUCAGAGUCCAUCAAGAAAAUCCUAGAGCUGUUCGACACACUCGACCACUGGAUCGCCCUCGUCCCUCCAAAGCCAGAUCCUCAACGAUUUGGUAAUCUCGCCUUCCGGGAAUAUAUUCUGCUGCUCGAAUCCAAAGCGACCUUCGUCCUCACGACUCUCCUCCCGCCCUCACUCCACCCCGCGAUCAAAGAACUCUCCCCAUACCUCACCCAGAGCAUGGGUCACGGCACACGGAUCGACUACGGGUCAGGACACGAGCUCUCCUUUGUCGCAUGGCUGUGCUGUCUCGAAAUCAUUGGAUUCCUGCACGGGGAGGAUCAUGCGGCCGUGGUGCUGACGGUCUUUGUGCGAUACCUGGAGUUAGUACGCAAGUUACAGCGGACAUAUCAAUUGGAACCUGCGGGAAGUCAUGGCGUGUGGGGACUAGAUGAUUAUCAGUUCUUGCCAUAUCUAUGGGGAAGCGCACAGUUGCGGGAUCAUCCGACGUUGCGGCCAAUUGCUAUUAUGCAGGAGACGAGUGUGCGGGAGCAUGCGUCGGAGUAUAUGUACUUUCGAGCCAUCCAGUUCAUUCAUGAGACAAAGCGCGGCCCGUUCCACGAGCAUUCACCUGUGCUGUUUGAGAUCUCGGGCGUGCAUCACUGGGCAAAGGUGAACUCGGGCAUGGUCAAGAUGUACAAGGCCGAGGUUCUGAACAAGUUCCCGGUUGUCCAGCACCUGCUUUUCGGAAGCCUCCUGCCCUGGCGACCCGCGGAUUCGCCCGUUGACUUUGCGAUUUCUGCAGUCCCUGCGACUGCUUCAGGACCUGGACAGGCACCAGCUCCGGUCGCGACGGGCGUGCCAAGAGGUGUUCCCGGCGCGAUUCAACGGUAGAUUAGCGUAUCUGGAAAAUUUUGGGAAUAAGGUGAAUAGAAGAUUAAAACUCAUUUAUGAUGGCAGUGGUGCUUGGGAUCUCCUGUCCGUGCGCAGGCAUUCUGCUGGCACUUUCACACUAUCGGUCUGAUCUCCUG